AUGCAAAACCGCUGGUUCGCGAAUGGUCGUGCUCCCACCCUGAAUCAUGCGCCUCCUGCCCCUGGUGAAGAUCUUCUUCCCCCUCCCCUCGUCCCUCCAUAUCCACCUGACCCGACCUCCCUCUCCAUCUCUCAUUUCCCGCCCCUCUCGGUCCCAAACCCUAAGAAACCCAGAUCUCCUCCACAAACUCCUCUGUCAAAGAAGCCCGUGGAAAAAAGCUUUGGUCUAGUCAAAACCGCAACUACUGCUGCUGAUAAAGCACAGUCCACCAAGAACUCCGCUGCAAUGACCUCCACAGGCAAUGCAGUGCCUCCCAAGCCACAAAUUACUGUUCAUGGAUCUAAACCCAAAAGAGAGAAACCAACUACUGAGAUAGCAGAAGUGACUCAGCUGUCUCCACCUGAUGUUGAGAUGCCUCAGGUAGAUACCGACCCUCCGACCUCCACUUCCUCUCCGUCCCCUGAUGUGGAUUCAGAAAAUACUGUUCCCAAAACCCUAACUCAGGAAAAAGCCUAUACAAUUAUCCCGCCUAAAUCCUGUAGUCCUAUCGAAACCAACAAAGCAGGUAAUCUAAGUAAUUUAAACUAA